AUGAGUACUCAUUCCACUGGCGAGCAAGCCCGCAUAAUUCACCUACGAAAUGAUGAUUUGGACUUGGAUCUUAACAUCACUCCACCACCUGGUGCCAAUUUGGAGCAAAUGGAGGAAAUUACUCAAGUUGAUCAUCAAGCUGUUCCUCAAACCCACCAGGUUACACAACCUAUUGAUUUGGAGGCUUUUGAUGACGAUGAUGUUAUUUUAUCUACGCAAAGCGAUUUUCUUGAGGCUAAGAACAAUUCAAGAAGGCACCGUGGGAGCACUAUAGCUGAUGUGGACAUAUUAGCUAAUAAUGUAAAUCAUGCAGCUGAUAUUACUCCUGACAACCCUAGAAGAGAUGAUGUUGUUAACCCAACAACUCCUAAUUGUGAUCCACAAUUGAAACUUGAAGACAAUGGAAGUUCUCAUAAGGAGCAAAAACCUGAAAAGGAGCCUAUCUUUACCUGUCCCAUAUGCAUGGACCCAUUUGAGGAAGAAGUUUCAACAAAGUGUGGUCAUAUAUUCUGUAGGAGCUGCAUUAAGGCCGCUAUAAAAGCACAAGGCAAAUGCCCUACAUGUAGGGUCAAGGUUACUCAAAAAGGCCUCAUAAGGGUUUUUUUGCCCUCAGCUAGUUAA